CAAGGUCCAGUCUUGAUUUAGGGGUCUAAGGAAGUACACAUCUACUUUUCUCUGAGUCUCAUAACACAGCCUCUUGGGAGAAAGUGCUUAUCUUUCUGGAAUGACUAGAUUUGGCUUUUAGUGACUUUAUUUUUAUUGUGGAUCCUGUCCCUAAAGACCUUUCACUUGUAAUCAACAAGAAUCGCAAGCAAGAAUCGGGCUGGCAAAAAUUGCUGUGCAUUAGAACCUUUGGCAUAUCCUGCUCAUCUUGGAAGUUCUUACUGGAUCUAUAAAUUAGAGAAGCUUUGAAACAUCAAGGGUGAUCUGGAAUUAUACUAUUCUCAAGACCUGUGAAUUUAGGGCAUUUGAAAUGUUCUGCUUCCUGUUAUCCUUGUAGAUUCUAUUGGUGAAAAAUGCCAAGAGGGAGAGAGAAGUGUGACCUGUGGAUGGAGGAAUGCAGUGUGGGGUCUACCAGGAAGUCUAGGAGAAGUAAAGGGGUUUGGAAGACAUCUAGUUAACCCAGUCUUGCCCAUCCGUGAUCUACUCAUAUAAUCAAAAUUGUUUCUGUUUUUUUAAGAAGACCCUUUGGGAGAAGAAUGGAGAGAAGAUCCAGGAUUUUUCCCAAAGAAAUAGCCCACUUCCCUCGAAAAGGUCUCCAAAACAACAGCUCGUCAGUGCUGUUACCGUGUCCUCCACAUCAGAUUUCCCCACUGUGGGAACAAAGCCAUUCGUCCAGGAUUGACCAGAUGCCCCACCUCGGCUACCAGGCCAGAGAUCCUGAAACAUCAACCCCUCCCUUCCUCAGGACUGCAGAGAGAGAAUCCUCGCCUCAGGUCUUCCAGCAUCUCCCCGAAGAGUCCCAGCUGCCCCAGGAUGACCACAAGACAAUGGCUGUCCUGUUGCCCUACCUUCACCACCGAGGUCUGGCCAAACCAUCGCCCCGCCACAAAUACCGCGCCUCGCCGUCAGUCAUGCCUUUCCCUCGGUCUAACUUCAGGGCCAAGAAAACAGUUCUGAAGUUAACGGCUGAUGAACAGUGUACGGUGUCUCCCCCUCGCUCCCCAAACCAGGCGGACUAUUCCCUGGACCCUGACCACCUGGCUUUGGAUCACUCCGGCCUUGACCACCUGCCUAAAAUUUUUCCUGGUUACAAAAAUCGGGCUGAGGCCAUCACACACCUUGGCCAGAAGGCCGAAGUUCUCUUAUAUGAGGGGGACGAGUCCAGUCCGAGAUCUGCAUAUAGACCUAGCCUAGACUACCAGACAGGGCCGACGCCGGGGCCGCUGACCACUAUGCAGCAGACCAAAGCGUCCCUGCGGCACAGACGACACCACGUUAGGGCCUCCACUCUGCUGCUGGGGUUCACCAAGAAGGGAGACAGACCCGUUUCAGCCUCUUCCCAUGGUCUUAAAGAUCGGUCCAGGGCCACAGUUUUCAAGCCACCAGACCUGGCCAGAGUGUUGAAAGAAUCCCACUCGGAUCUCUGCCCCAAAGAAAUAAUAUCCCUGCUAAGAUACGCUAACUCCGAGUACAGCUUGACUCCAUCGUUAUCGGAUCAGGACCAGAGUCCCGAUCAGGAGGCAGAGGAAAUGCAAGCUCCCACGGCCGAAGACGCGUCUCUGAUUGAAGUAGAAGCAACAUCUCUAAGUGGGGACUACCAGACUACCGCAGCAGCAGGUCUAGAUCACGGAGUGACACCUCCACCGAGUGUGAAGCUCCAAGACCUGAUUCACUGGAGCGCACCAACGCCUGCCUCUGAGGCUUUACCAGACCCAAAUGUCCUUUUCACACUUCAAGCAGAACAAGAAAAAAUGGCAGAGAGAAUGGAACACCAGGCGAUAAUCCCAGCAGGUGAGUACCACGAGCAAACAGAUUCACUCUUAGUUCCACAAGAUAGUUCACCUGACCUCAAACUCCCAUCAGACCUUGUCUGAAGCGACAUAGUGCCAAAUCUUUCUCCGUGUCUCAGUUCACCCAGUCCAAGGUCCCAUUGCCCAUGCCUUAAUUCAGACAGAACCAGAGACUUGGCAAACGAUGUCAUCAAGAAGAGAGCCCUGCCCCCAGCACUAAUAGGCCCCCAUCAUAGGACAACCUCUCCACUGGGCUUAAAUCCCAAGACAUCUCUCCCUGGCCUUAACCACCAUGCCAUCCCCACACAAACCCCAGACCACCAGGUGACUGGAAAUAUAAUUGAUAUUAAUCCUCCUUUCAUACUUCAAGCAGGGCAAGACUACCUAGGGGAAGUGGAACAAGAAAUAGACCUGGACUAGGCCACAUUUUUCACAGGUCGGGAUCAUGGGCCAUUGGACCUCAGGAUAAGAUUUUAACCUGGUUUCGACUACUAAACUACAAUGCUGACGGGCAAGGAUCCUCAGAUACUACCUCCUAUGGCUUUAGACCCACAGAGCAAAAUACUUCCUGAGUCAACAGGUUACAUCUCUAAUAAAUCCUCAUCACUUGGCCAAAGUGAUGGCCACAAGGCCAUCUUGCCUGUGUUUCAAUUUAAAAAGAACAUGAGCUUAGGGAAAUGAUGCCAAAAAUAGAUGAGCAGGCUACAGUUCUAAUAGGCCAGGAUCAUGGAGUAGCAUCUUUACUCGGCUUAGACUCCAAGGACAUACUUCAACCUAGUCUUGACCAUCAGACUACAUCUCCACCCAUCCCUGAACAUAAGACUGAGGAAAUACCAGAAAUAAAUAGCCAUUGUACGCUUCAAAGAGACCUUGAUCCCUGGGAAGGAAUGGCACUGGAAACACACUACCAAAUGACAUUAUGGAGUCCUGUGGCAAUUCCUCCUUUGAACCUAGACCCCCAGGAUAAAUCUUUACCUGCCUCUGACCACUGAGUUACAACUCCUUCAGGCCAAGACCAUGGGAUAACACCUCCACUGGCAUUAGGCCCACAGAACAAAACCCUGCUUGAGCUUGAUCAGCAAUCCACAGUUCUAACAAGCUCUCAUCAUCCAAACAAAACUAUACAAGAUUACAUUCCUGAAGUCUCAGUUCAAAUAGAUCAAGAGCUCUGGCAGAUAACGAUGCCACUAAGAACAGGCCAUCAGGCUACAACUCUAACAGGCCAGGAUCAUGGGCUACCUUCUUUACUGGGCUUAGAAACCAAGGACAUAUUCUUACCCAACCUUGACCACCAGCUACAUCUCCACCCAGCCUUAAUCACCAGGCUGGAAAUAUAGCAAACCCAAAUGUCUAGCUCACAGUUCAAGGAGAAUAAGACUCCUGGGAAGAGAAGAUUAGAAAACACCACCAAACCAAAAUGUUAGCAAAUCAGAGUGAUGGGACAAUGCCUCCAUGGAACUUAAACCCCCCAGAACAAAACUCUACCUGUCUCUGAUCCCCAAACCACAAUUCUUAAGAGGCCAGGAUCAUGAGACUAUACUUCUACUCACCAUAGCACUACAGAACAAAACCCUGCUUGAGCUUGACCAACACGUCAGGAUACACAAAGCUAUAUUGCCAAAAUCUUCAAUUAAACAGGUCAAGAACAUUGGGAAACAAUACUGUCAAGAACAGACCACCAGGCCAUUGUACAGACUAGAAUCUAUUGCAUUUCGAUCCCCAGGACAAAUCUGUCCCUGCCUCUGAUCAACAGAUUUCAGCUCUCACAGGUCAGGAUUAUGGGACAACACCUCUAUUGGCCUUUGGCCCAGACAAAAAAACCCAACUUGAGCCUGAAAAAUGGGCCAAACUUCUACCACACCCUUAACAACUAUCUGGGGGAUACUUAAGACCAGACUCCCCAGGUCUCAGGGAAAACCAAACAAGGACAUCAGGAAAUAAUGCGAACAAGAACAAAUGACCAGACCACAAUAUUAAAAUGUCAGGAUCAUAAUACUCUGCCUGCACUUGUCUUUGGACUACAGAAUGAAACCAUACUGAAGUUUGACUAGCAACAGGUCCACACCAUCACCACCUCCAAGCCAAGGACAUAUGGAACUAUGUUGCUAAAAUCUCAAUUCAAAAAGAGCAAGAGCCCUUUCAAAUGAUUCCACCAAUAUUACAGCCCAGGCCAGAGCCUUGAUAUCCAGAUGAUUGAAAAAUACCUCCAGUGAGCUCAGACCCCAAGGACACCAGACCUAUAGGCAUUGGCCACUGGGACACAUCUCCACUUAUCUCUCAUCAACAGGAUAACACUAUUGUUGACCACAAUGCCCAUGUCAUACUUCUGAUAGAUCUUGGUCACUGGGAAACAAUAUCACAGGAAAAAGAACAGACUCUUAUAAAUCUAAUAGAUGAGGAUUUCUGGGACUUAAUCUCUUUUCCUGGGCAGAGAUAACCAGGAAACAAUUCAAAUUGACCUUAAUCAUGGAGACACAUAUCUAUGCAGUUUUUCCUGCCAAGUUGAGGAUAUUUUAUAUACUAAAGUAAUGGUCUCCCCUCAAUCAGAACAAGUCCUCUGUGAGUUGAUACCAGAAGCAAUAGAAUCCAAGUCAUCACAGGCCAGGCCAUACCUCCAUUGGCCUUAGGGCCACAGGAUCAAACUCUACUUCUCCCUGACCAACAGGCUAUACUUCAAACCAUCCCUGAACACUGAGCUGAACAUUUGCCAGAUCCUGUUGUCAUAGCUUUCUUUAAAUGGCACGAGAGCCCCUGGAAACACCACCAAGAAGGGAAGGCCAAUAGGUUGCAGCUCUAUCAGACCAGGAUUCUGAGACAACACUUCCACUGGGCUUCAAGAAGGAUAAAAUACAGUCUGGUCUCUAUUAACUCACCUGUUUACCCAUUCCUGACCAUCAGUUUGAGGAUACACCAGUAUAUAAUAGCCAUGCUGCAGUUCAAAUAGAGAACAAGGCUCUCAGAAAACAAUGUCAACAAGAAAAGAUACUCAGGCUAAAGCAGAAACAGAUCUGGAUCAUGAGGCAACACCUCGUGUGGGGUUAGAUCAGGAUGAAGCUCUUACUGGCCUCAGACUUCAGGCCAUACCUUUACCCAGUCCCCUGUAAGCAGGCAGAAAAUGCACAAAGCUCCAUUGAGCAUAUAUCACUUCAAAAUGAACCAGAGAACUGGAAAGCAUUACCACCUACAAUGGACAAUCAGACCACAACUCUCAAAGCUCAAAAUAACCAGACAAUAUUUCCAGUAAGUUUAGAUUCCCAAAUUCAACUUUACUUGACUCCAAUCACCAAGACAUAAAUAUGUUCAAUCCUGACCAGCUGGUAGGGGAUACACAAAGGCCCAUUGCCCAUGUGCCACUUCAAACUCAGCUAGAGACAAACCCACCAAGAAUAGACCACUACCAGGACCCAGUUCUCAAAGGCCAAGGUAAUGAGUCAAGACCUCCUAAGCUUAGAUUCUCAGGACAACACUUUAUUUGGCACCAGUAUCCAGGGCACAAGCAAAUUCAUCCCUGACCAACAAGGAGCCUACACAAAGUUCCAGUGCCCAUGCCUCACUUCAAACUGAACCAAGGAAAAAAAACACCACCAAAAAGAGAGGUUAGGUUAAUGGGUCAGUAUCUCCAACGAACUCAGGUCCCCAGGAACUGAAGGAAUCUGGCUCUGAUCAACAGAGCAUCAUACCUCCAGUCAACAUCAUAACUCCAGUACAUAAAUCAGAGGUAGCUCCCUCACAGCUCCCUCAAACAAUCACCACUUACCAAAAUUUGGUCAGUGAGGUUAGGCUACAAGAUUAUGUUUAAAUCCACUACCAAUCUCAAGCCUAAGCAAAGUAAGCAGAAUGCAUGGGGUUUCAAGUAUAUCAAACUGCAACACUGUUGAUGGAACAAUCCCUAAGGAAAUUAUGCAUACCAUCAUUAGUCCCAUCCCUCAAGAAAAAAUAAAAUAUGAUACCUCAAAAUAGUUUCUCUUAUGAAGAAUGGGAAUGUCUUCUGCUCUUCAAAGUGAUCAACAGAUUUUCUCUAAUCCAGUUUGUUUAACCUCUUUUGCCUGGGAAUCCCAUAUGACUUGUCCCCAUGUUCUGAGAAUGAAAUACCUUUGUGAGCCCAUAUCCAUCCUUCUGCCUAGUCCUAAAGAGGAUAUAGGUUUGAGAUUUGUCCUCCAAGCACUCCAGACCAAAACACUUUCCAUUUAUUCUUCCAGUCAUUCAUUACAUUUCACAAAGCCCUCAUACUGUCCAUUAGACUCUCUACAAUCUUCAUACACAAAAUCUAUGGGGAUUCCUGUUUACCUGAAGCAUCAAAACCUUAUUCCAUCUCUGUCCCUACAAGGAUAAAGAGAUUCCACUUUGUAACUGGCAAGUAGUCAAAGAGGAGAGACAUAUUUAAAAGCUAAGAGUCACCCACAGGCAUAAAGUCCUUGAAAAAGUGUAUUGGCAGAGAAGAUGAGACAAGGGGACAUAGAAUAUUUUUCAGUUCUCUUCUAGAUUUCAGUUGAGGCAAAGGGUAAAUUAAAUGACUAACUUUUCAUCUUUGAAA